UAUCAAUGACAAUUGAAAUUGACAGUUUAACAUAACCUCAAAGUUUAUUAUUAUAUUAUUUUUCGGAAACAAUAAUCAAGCAAAUUUUACAUUACGACUAUGAUUUUACAGCAGUAAUCAAACUAUUUAUGCUAUAAAAAUGUGGAUCAAAACUUUAAGUUGCUUUUUUAUAUCACCUAGAAGCACACUUUAUCGUUCCGUAAAAACUAUUGCACCAAGAGUAAGAUUUGCUCCUAGUCCAACAGGAUAUUUACAUUUAGGAGGCCUAAGGACUGCUCUUUAUAAUUAUUUCUAUGCAAAAUCUCGAGGAGGAGUUUUCAUAUUACGUAUAGAAGAUACUGAUCAGAGUAGGAAAGUUGAAGGUUCUGUUCAGGGAUUGGUAAACGACUUGGAAUGGGCUGGUAUAGAGUGCAAGGAGGGCCCUGGUAAAGGUGGGCUGUAUGGUCCAUACGUGCAGAGUGAGAGACUUAAUAUUUAUCAGGAACACAUAAAGAAACUCCUUCACAACGGCUCAGCGUACAAAUGUUUUUGCACUGAGCGAAGGCUCAACAUACUCAAGAGAGAUGCUGUGAGGCACCAGCGGAUACCCAAGUAUGAUAACAAGUGCCGAAGCUUGUCAAGGGAAGAUGUUGAUGCUAAAAUGAAGUCAGGAACACCGUACUGUAUAAGAUUUAAGUUGUCAUCAGAAUGUAUGUCAUUUGAAGACAUGAUAUUCGGUGGUAUAGCCUACGAUGUGUCUAUGGUGGAAGGGGACCCGGUGCUGAUGAAGAGUGAUGGGUAUCCAACAUACCACUUUGCCAAUGUAGUGGACGACCAUCUGAUGGAGAUCUCUCAUGUUUUACGUGGUGUCGAGUGGCAGAUAUCCACUACUAAGCAUCUAUUGAUUUAUAAGGCCUUUGGGUGGACGCCUCCGAAAUUCGGACACCUACCUUUAAUAGUCAAUUCAGAUGGUACCAAAUUAAGCAAGCGACAGAGUGAUGUCAAAGUUGAAGAUUACAGAAACAAAGGAAUAUUCCCUUUGGCACUCGUGAAUUACAUCACUCUAUCAGGCGGAGGUUUUGACCACGUCGUGGGCGAGGGAGUCAGACUCAAAACAAUGGAAGAGUUGGCCUCUGAGUUCCAAAUAAGGAAGAUAUCCUCACACCCAAGUCGUUUAAACCCAGAUUUGCUCGAAGAAUGUAAUCGCCUAGAAAUAAAACGUCAUUUGAAAGACGAAAACCUCACUAAAGCUCUAAUAACUAACGUACAAAACUUAGUUACACAAAAAUAUCCAAAAGAAACCCUCAAUAUAUCAGAAGAACACGUAAAAAGUGUGCUAGACUGGUCUACAUCAAGAAUUUCGAGGAUAGACGAUCUAGUUUCGCCGAAAUUUGCAUUUUUAUGGAUACUACCCUCAAAUAAGUUAGAAAUAAACAGAAGUUUAUUCGAAAAACUACUCAAUAGUUUGGAGGAUUUAGAGAAAUUCGAACAGGAUACGAUAAAGGAUAAUUUAAGAAAGUUUUCUGAUACUAAUGAUGUGAAAUUCCCGGUUUUGAUGAAAAUGCUUCGGUCGGCUCUCAGCGGGUUGAAUGAAGGGCCGAGUGUGGCGGAAAUGAUGCAACUUUUAGGUAAAUAUCAGUCGUUAGAGAGAAUAAAGGCUGUGAUAAGAUAAUUUGGUUUUUUAUUC